ACAGCCCAUAAUCUGCCUCGUGCCACAGCGGAGAAGACAGCUAGCUAGCUGAUCCUCCGUCCUGCGUCCCGUCCAGUUCGAACCUCUCCGUAACUUACUCCUCGUUCCUUCGAUCCUGCGGUCCCGGCGGGCGUCGUCGGCUAAAUGGAACGGACUCUGGGAAACUCUGGGAAACACAUGGCGAUGGCAAUGGCGAUGGCAAGGAGAGACUAACUACAGCCACUGGUUCUUAGUGCCUUGAAUCCAGCCAGCCAGCCCAAUCUCUCGCGGUUCAACUAAUCCGGACAAUCGAAUUGUCUCUCUCGAACCGGCCGCAUUCGGAAGGUCACAUACGCCGACUACCACCUAGUUACUAGGUAACUUAGUUAAUUGAUGACUGGCAAUCCCUCCGCUGUCAUCUUGCUGCACCCUUUCCUUGGUCCUAGUUCUUUUUCUUUUCAUGAAUCAUUUCUUUUUUACUAUUCUUUCCUUUUUUUUUUUUUUUCCGUAUUUUUGCUUUUGUCGGAUCUUCGCGCCCGCCCUUCCGCCAGCCUCUCAACCAGAUGCCAUCAUGCUCGGCGCCUCCCACUAAACAAAAUCCAAAACAAAAUCCUGCUCGCGAGCCUGUGGUCUGUCCGUCCUCGACCUCUUGCCUCUUGCCACUCGGAAGGCCAAGUCCAACGCGCUGGAUUCGAAUUCCAAACCAACUUAUCCGGUUUGGGGAUGCAGCUCCGUAGGCGAACGCCAAUGUCCAUGCAGCGUAAAGUCAUGGCUUGCUCGAGGAAUCCGCCCAACAUCAACAUCACCCAGCGUCAUGAUUGCCCUCGCCCGCUGAUCGGCCUUGUCGUAUGGGGACCGAUCGUCCCCUCCGUCCGGGCGCUAACUUCCACUCUACUCACGCAGGCGGUAGCAUUCGAGUUCGCUUCAGCUUUGCAGGUGUACAGUCGGUGCAGUGUGGUGCAGUGCAUACCUGCAUACCUGCAACCCAGUAGUGCAGUUUAGUGACGGGUGACAUCAGCAACUGAAAAGCUCCAGCUUGUCACUAAGCUACAUAGUACGUCCAUGCUCCGGGCACAGGGUCAAACGGUAAGUCGUAAGUCGGUAGUUGCGCUGCAUUAUCCGAGU